AGCUGGUCAUGCCGCGUCUGCUGCUCCUGCUCCUCCUGAUGCCGUCACUGGUCCGAGGCCUCGGGCUCCGCGACGCCGGCAGACGACAUCCCGAGUGCAGCCCAUGCCGGCUGGAUCGCUGUCCUGCUCCCUCGCCUUGCCCAGCGCCCUGGAUCGCCGCGCGCGACGAGUGCGGCUGCUGCGCCCGCUGCCUGGGUGCCGAGGGUGCGAGCUGCGGGGGACCGGUGGGCGCACGCUGCGGCCCUGGCCUGGUGUGUGCUAGCCGUGCCUCAGGGACGGCGCCCGAGGGCACCGGGCUCUGCGUGUGCGCGCAGCGCGGAGCCGUCUGCGGCUCCGACGGCCGCUCCUACACCAGCAUCUGCGCUCUACGUCUGCGCGCCCGGCACGCACCCCGCCAGCACCCUGGCCACUUGCACAAGGCGCGCGAUGGCCCCUGCGAGUUCGCCCCUGUGGUCCUCAUGCCACCUCGAGAUAUUCACAAUGUCACCGGGACUCAAGUGUUCCUCUCCUGUGAGGUGAAGGCUGUGCCCACCCCGGUCAUCACCUGGAGGAAGGUUGUGCGUUCUUCAGAGGGCACUGAGGGUUUGGAGGAGUUGCCAGGUGACCAUGUCAAUAUCGCUGUCCAGGUGCGAGGUGGCCCUGCUGACCAUGAGACUACAUCCUGGAUUUUGAUCAACCCUCUGAGAAAGGAAGACGAGGGAGUGUACCGCUGUCACGCAGCCAAUGCCAUUGGAGAGGCCCAGUCCCACAGCUCGGUGACGGUUCUCGACCUCAGCAGAUACAAAAGCCUCCACUCCUCGCUUCCGGCUGGCCUCCUGUGAUGA